UCGUGUCAGCAAUAUCGCUAGUGCUCUAUGUAUAGUCAAUCACAUUUUAUCAGACGUUUACAAAAAAAUUGUUGGAAAAUUUUUAAAUAACGUUUGUGCCAUGGAAUUUUAUUGGUCGAUGUUAUUAUCGAUAGUGAUCGGAGUUAUCAGCAUUCAUUAUCUUUUUAAAAAUUUUAAUUUCUUUAAAAGAAAUGAUAUUAUACACUUACCGCCUCUUCCAUUAUUUGGAUCUACGAUAUCGAUGGUAUUCCGUCGAAUAUCAUUCUUCGAUUUCAUGCUGAAGAUAUAUAAUUGUUAUCCAAACGCAAAGUAUUUUGGAUUCUACUUCACGACAACUCCAGUCUUUCUGCUCCGUGAUCUGGAACUCAUUAAAUCCGUUCUUGUUAAAAAUUUCGAUGCAUUUCCAGAUCGUCGUGGUUUCGCCGAUUUUAACGAUCCUUUAUUUGAAAAAAAUUUGUUUUCUCUUCAUGGAGAAAAAUGGCGGAACGUGAGAAAUCUGUUGAGUCCUUCUUUUACUUCCAGCAAGAUGAAAAUGAUGUUCACAUUGAUGUCAGAAUGUGCUGUGGAUUUUGCCAAAUUUCUGUCAACAUCAGCAGAUAAAGGCGGUAUAAACAUGAAAGAUGUCUGCUCUAAAUAUACAACCGAUGUCAUUGCUACAUGUGCGUUUGGAAUCAAAGUCAACUCUAUGAAAGAUCCAACAAACAAAUUCUAUAUUUACGGCAAGGAGGCGAGUAACUUCACAGGGGUUCUUCGUGGUAUAAAGUUCUUUUUUCUUGAAACAUUUCCAAAACUCGGACGAAUUCUCAAUGUGAAAAUUAUGAAGAAUUAUGUUUCGGACUUCUUCAAGGAUAUUAUAAGGACUACAAUCGCCACUCGUGACGCAGAACACAUUACGCGUCCGGAUAUGUUGCAGUUGAUGAUGGAUAUCAGAGGCAAAGAAGGUCGAAGAGAACUAGACAUCGACGACAUGACUGCGCAAGCGUUCAUCUUCUUCCUCGGCGGUUUCGAGACGACUUCAACUGCAAUGUGCUUCGCAGCUCAUGAAAUUGCAGCUAAUCCAGAAGUUCAGACGAAAUUACAACAAGAAAUCGACAAGGUUUUAGAGGAAUCGAACGGAAAAGUGUCUUACGAAGUUAUUAAUAGACUCGAAUAUUUAGAUGCGGUGAUAAGUGAGGCUCUUAGAUUAUAUCCACCAAUCACAAACUUAGAAAGGUUAUGUGAAAAAACUUUUGAGUUACCACCCGCAUUGCCGGACGAGAAACCUUUUAUGAUGAAGAAAGGUAUGCUUGUUUGGAUUCCUGUUCUUGCAAUCCAUCAUGAUGAAAAGUAUUAUGACAAUCCGAAGAAAUUUGAUUCAGAAAGAUUUUUAAACAAUAAGAUGAACAAUUCUUCGAAUUAUAUGCCAUUUGGAUUAGGACCGAGAAUGUGUAUAGCAAACAGAUUUGCCAUGUUGGAAGUCAAAGUUUUAUUGUUUCAUUUAUUAGCGCAAUGUGAACUGAAACCUUCUGUGAAAACUAUGUCACCAAUAAAAUUCUGCAAAGAUCUAAUAACGAUGCCGGAGAAUGGAUUUUGUAUUCAUUAUCUGUUUAAAAAUUUUAAUUUCUUCAAAAGAAAUGGUAUUAUACACUUACCACCUGUUCCAUUAUUUGGAUCCACGAUGUCGGUUGUAUUUCGCCGAAUAUCAAUCUUCGAUUUCAUACUAAAGAAAUAUAAUUUCACUCCAAACGCAAAAUAUUUUGGAUUCUACAUGAUGACAACUCCUGUCUUCUUGCUUCGCGAUCUGGAACUUAUUAAAACUGUCCUGGUUAAAAAUUUCGAGGCAUUUCCAGAUCAUCGUGGUUUCGUCGAUUUUAACGAGCCUUUAUUUGAGAAUAAUUUGUUUUCUCUUCGUGGAGAAAAAUGGCGGAACGUGAGAAAUCUGUUGAGUCCCUCUUUUACAUCCAGCAAGAUGAAAAUGAUGUUUACAUUGAUGUCCGAAUGUGCUGUGGAUUUUGCAAAAUUUCUAUCGACAUCACCAGCGGAUAAAGGCAGUAUAGACAUGAAAGACAUAUGCACCAAAUAUACAAAUGAUGUCAUCGCAACAUGUGCUUUCGGAAUUAAGAUCAACUCCAUAAAAGAUCCAACAAACAAAUUCUAUAUUUACGGCAAAGAGGCGACUAAUUUCAGAGGAAUCAUUCGCGGUAUAAAGUUCUUUUUUCUUUCUAUAUUUCCAAGACUUGGGCGAAUUCUCAAUUUGAAAAUUAUAAACAAUUACGUGUCGGAUUUCUUCAAGGACAUUGUAAGAACUACAAUCGCCACUCGCGACGCAGAACAUAUUACGCGUCCGGAUAUGCUACAGUUAAUGAUGGAUAUCAGAGGCAAAGGAGGUCAUAGAGAACUAGACAUUGACGACAUGACUGCGCAAGCGUUCAUUUUUUUCCUCGGCGGUUUCGAGACCAGUUCAACCACAAUGUGUUAUGCAGCUCAUGAAAUUGCAGCUAAUCCUGAAAUUCAAACGAAAUUACAACAAGAGAUCGACAAGGUUUUGGAGGAAUCAAACGGAGAAGUGUCUUACGAAGUUAUUAAUAGACUCGAAUAUUUAGAUGCAGUGAUAUGUGAAGCUCUUAGAUUAUAUCCACCAGUUGCCGCCUUAGAAAGAAUUUGCGAAAAAACUUUUGAAUUACCACCCGCAUUGCCGAACGAAAAACCUUUUAUCAUAAAAAAAGGUAUGCUUGUUUGGAUUCCAGUUCUUGCAAUCCAUCGUGAUGAAAAGUAUUACGAUAAUCCGGAGAAAUUUGAUCCAGAAAGAUUUUUAAACAACAAGAUGCGUAAUUCUUCAUGUUAUAUGCCAUUCGGAUUAGGACCGAGAAUGUGUAUAGCUUACAGAUUUGCCAUGUUGGAAGUCAAAGUCUUGCUUUUUCAUUUAUUAGCGCGAUGUGAAUUGAAACCAUCUGUGAAAACUACAUCACCAAUGAAAUUCUGCAAAGAUGUAAUAGUAAUGAUACCGGAGGAUGGAUUCUGGUUGAAUAUUCAACGUAGAAGAAAUAUGCAUUCUGUAUUGGAGUCUACAAUAAUAGAAGCUUCUGAUCUUUUCGAAUACCAAGUGGUAACAUAG